AGUCUCAGUGCAAAACCCCCCAAAGAAAGCCACCGCGAGACCACGUCGUCGAGACUGCGAGGAGUUCAUCACUCACGUUGGCUUUUAGUCUGGUGAAGACAGUCUCACGAGCAAGUUGUCUUUUGGCGCGAAACUCCUCAAGAUAUUCUUCAAUCAUUUCGUAAAGGUUUCCGCGUUUUUUUUUUACACACAAUAGAGAUAAUAGUGAAGUGCGUGAGUGGUGAAGAUGGUGAAGAAGCUCUUUAGUUCCGGUAUAGUCCUCCUAAUCGGAGGACUUUUUUCACUGAUGGAUACAGUCGGUGGUGUCCCAAAUCAUUUUUACGAUAUCAAAUCCUUGUCAGGAGAGCCAAAUUACCGCUCUGUUAAUCUCACCUGGGAAAUUGAGGAGGUGGAUCAUCGAGAACCAACAGCAGCAGAGGCCAAAGUCCCAGCUUUUACGGUGUUCUACUGCGAAAUGCAAACCUGGGGGCCACACAGGUGCAAAUCGAAGCUCUUUCAGGACAAUGAGAUCGCAUCGGCGCGACAAAGGAGACAAUUCUCCAUGGUCAUUGAUAAUUUGCGCAUGGCCACCAAGUACACCUUCCACGUGAGAGAGAAGACAAAUGAAGUCAGAGGACCAUCGCCAAGGGCGGAUUUUAGCGAAGAGAACAUGCUGGACAGUGAGGCUGCAUUGUCAGAGCAAACAGUCAUCAUUCCCACCAAAGGAUUUUCUGCUCAUGCCACAAAAUGCCUACCAAAUGCAUCGGAGAUUGAGGUGGAGACAGGUCCCUUCUUCGGUGGUCGCAUCAUCGCCGAGGGCAGCAAUUGUGGCAUCAAAGGAGAUGCCCAGGAUCCACGGGCCACCUACACAAUGCGCAUUGAUCACGAAGCCUGUGGCAGCCAUGUGAAUCAGAAUGAGUACACAGUUAAAACCCUAAUCACAGUGCAGGAAAAUCUCGGGAUCUUCACGCACAGUACACGACGAUUUGUCGUCGUGUGCACGUAUCAGCCGGAAACUCUCACAGUCCGUGCGAGUUUUGCCGUUCCUGGCCGUGGUGGAGCCACUGUGAUGUCCCCGGAAUGGCAUCAGGAGUCCGCAAGGAGUGGACGAGAGCGGAACUUCAAGAUGGUGCACAAAAAUGAGCUGAUAACGAAGGAAAAUGAUCCGGAUUCGGUGGGAGAGGUCGAAGCGGAAAAUCUCAUUUCACGCACGGAUUUCUUCAGUGAAGCCAAAUUUUCCCGCCUAAUUGAUGAGCAACACACAUCGAGUGAUCAUGGUGCGGAGAUCCCGUCAGGUCGCGGCUACACGGGGCUCGUGAUCGCAAUCUCCCUGUCAGUGAUCACAAUGGGAUCACUCAUAUACCUUCUGAAACGCGAACUGAAGCAGAAGCAACUCAUCAAGAAGCAUUUAACUUUCACCGACGAUAGAUUUAUGCCAUGAUCGACAAACCAUGUAAAUAACAAGCCAAGCUCCCCAAGAUGAUCGUCAUUCCCAGAAUAUGCUUUCUUGUCUUAUCAAAUGGAAAGCAUCACUCCAUUGCAUGACUUCUGUUUGAUUGAAGAUAACAAUAGCAUAAACCACCCAACAUUCUCUUCUUUUGCAACAUAAAAUGUGGCACACAUGUGGCUCACACACACUCAAGAAGAAUCCCAACGUUUGCAAAAAUAAAUUUAAAAAAAAAAAUGUGCAAAAAGUCUUAAGGAUUUCUGAAUUUGUUAAGAAAGCUCUCUUUUUAUGAUAAAAAAAACUGAAUUUUAGAAUUAAGUAAACUAUUUUAUAGAAUUUCAUGCAAUUUUUAAUAAAAGAUAUUUUUAAAAAAAA